CUCUAGCAUUGCAAAAGGCCAAAGGCCGUCUCGUUCCAGCCGCUGAAACUUAUUGGCUCCUGCUGCGAAGUCGCACGUCGCGUUCUUCCCUCCCCCGGUUCCGCAUCCCGCCGCGCCUGCGCGGUCGCUUCCUUCGUGCUUCCAAGCCCGGGGCGGCUGCGGAGCGACGUGCAAAAAGCAAGAGAAAGGCUCGUGGCCGCCCGGUGCGAAAGGCGAGGAUGGUGGGCGCGACGGCGGUGCAAGGCCCCGUGGGCUUGCAUGAAUUGCUGCUGGCGGGGGCCGAGGGGGACAGCGGCGCCAGCAGUGCUGCCGCGACCCCGGCCGCCGCGACCCCGGCCGCCACCGGCACUCCCAGCAGUAGCAGCAGCAGCUGCAGCAGCAUGGCACCCGGGGUUGUUAACCCGGGGGAGGAAGAGGAGGUCUGCGUGGUGGGUAUCUUCGGCAAGACCGCCUUGCAGCUCAGCUCGGAGAAGGCGGCCCUGGUGAACACGGUGUGCGACAGGCAAGUCUUCCCCCUCUUCCAGCGCGACGGUGAAGCCAGAUCCUCUGCCGGUGGUAGUGGUGGUGGAGGCGGAGGAGGCGGCGGCGGCGGCAGCACAGAGCCGAGAACUGUUUCUCCUUCUGCUUCUUCCUUCUCCUCUUCCUCUUCCUCCUCUUCUUCCUCCUUUUCGCAGGGCGACUACAACCUCCUGCAAGCCUAUUACAGCCAGGAUUGCAAAGUCCUGUACCUCGUGCUCACGUCCAUCUGCGACAGCCACCAGCUCCUGCAGGCAUGCAAGGACCUGGAAGCCAUAGGGGAGGCCCGAGGGCCCGGCCGCUUGGGGGCCCACCUGGGCCAGGGGGCCUCCCCGCUGCCCCAUGCUGAAGCCCACGAGUUCUGGAAGCACCAGGAGAAACUCCACUGCCUCAGCCUCCUCUACCUUUUCUCCGUCUGCCACAUCUUGCUGAUGGUGCACCCAACCUGCUCCUUCGACAUCACCUACGACCGGGUCUUCCGGGCCCUGGACGGCUUGCGGCAGAAGGUGCUACCCUCCCUGAAGGCCGCCAUCAAGGACUGCCCUGUUGGCAAGGACUGGAAGCUCAACUGUCGGCCUUGCCCGCCGCGCCUCCUCUUCCUGUUCCAGCUCAAUGGAACCCUGAAGGUGGAUCCCAUGCCGGGCAGGGGGCAGGACCUCUGUGGGCACCUGGACAAGCCCCCCACAAAGAAACACUCUCCCAAGCGGCGGCUCCAGCAUGCCUUGGAGGAUCAGAUCUACCGCAUCUUCCGCAAGAGCCGAGUGUUGACCAACCAGAGCAUCAACUGCCUCUUCACUGUCCCAGCCAACCAGGCCUUUGUCUACAUUGUGGCCGGUGGGGCGCAAGAAGGAGACGACCCCAUCGCCGUGUUGCUGGACCAGCUGCGGAGCAACUGCACCACCCGGGAGACUGAGGCCUCAUUGAUGCCCACCUUGGCUGGGCCCAGGAGGUACCAAUCGAUGCGGCAUGGGAGACAGCAGUUGUCUUUCCACGUGGAGAGUAGCAGCUCCAGCUCCUCCGGACAACUGGUGGACUGCACCUUGAAGGAGUUCCUGUUCCAGCACGUGGAACUGGUCCUUGGCAAGAAGGGCUUUGACGACAGCGUGGGGAGGAACCCACAGCCUUCCCACUUCGAGCUGCCCACAUACCAGAAGUGGGUGGCCACUGCCCUGAAACUGUAUGAGGUGGCUAUUGAAGGCAAGGACAGCGAUCCUUCUUCGGCCAUUGGGGAGCUGACUUCCAAGAUCAUGGGGAGCAUCAAGGUUCUGGAAGGCUACUUGGACAUAGACACCAAGUUUUCGGAGAACCGCUGCCAGAAGGCCCUUCCGAUGGCCCACAGCGCCUACCAGUCCAACCUGCCCCACAACUAUACCAUGACUGUCCACAAGAACCAGCUGGCCCAGGCCUUGCGGGUGUACAGCCAGCACGCCCGGGGACCGGCCUUUCACAAGUACGCCCUGCAGCUGCAUGAGGACUGCUACAAGUUCUGGAGCAAUGGACACCAACUGUGCGAAGAGAGGAGCUUGACCGACCAGCACUGUGUGCAUAAAUUUCACUUGCUCCCAAAGCCCGGGGAAAAGCCUGAACCGGAUAGGAACCCACCUGUGUUGUAUCACAACAGCAGGGCUCGCUCCACUGGCACCUGCAAUUGUGGGAGGAAACAAGCACCCCGGGAUGACCCCUUUGACAUCAAAGCAGCAAAUUACGAUUUCUAUCAGCUGCUGGAAGAGAAAUGUUGUGGGAAACUAGACCAUAUCAACUUCCCCGUGUUUCAGCCGAGCACGCUGGAUCCGGCGCCGGCUAAAAACGAGACGUCGCCCAGCCCUCCGGAAGCGGAAGCUGAAAAACUGAAGGAGAAAGAGCCGCACACGCAGGGGGAGAGCACCAGCCUGAGUUUGGCUCUCAGUCUGGGUCAGUCCACAGACAGCCUGGGUACUUACCCUGCCGAUCCCCAGGGCGGAGGUAACAACGCGGAGGCUCACGGGCAGGCAGCCGAAUCCAAAGGGGAGAAAAGGACAAGCUUGGUUGACCGCCAGGCCUCAACGGUGGAGUAUCUGCCUGGGAUGCUUCAUUCAAAUUGCCCAAAGGGCCUUUUGCCCAAAUUUUCCAGCUGGUCGCUGGUGAAACUUGGCCCUGCCAAGACUUACAACUUCCACACUGGCUUAGAUCAACAGGGCUUCAUCCUGGGAACAAACUACUUGAUGCCUUGGGACAUCGUCGUCAGGACACGGACGGAAGAGGAGGGGGAGCUGGACACCAGUUCCUGGCCAGCUCCGAACAAAGCUGUUCCUGGGAAAAGAAGCGCGGUGGUCAUGGGGAGAGGGAGGCGGCGGGAUGACGUGGCCCGUGCCUUUGUGGGGUUCGAGUACGAGGAUGCCCGUGGCCGGAGGUUCAUGUGCUCGGGGCCCGAGAAGGUCAUGAAGGUGAUGGGCGGGGGGCCAAAGGAAUCAGCUCUCAAAGCUCUCAAUUCUGAUAUGCCCCUGUACAUCCUGUCGUCAAACCCGGGGCGGGGGCUGAAGCCGCACUACGCUCAGCUGAUGAGACUCUUUGUGGUGGUACCCGACGCUCCACUCCAGAUAAUACUGAUGCCACAGGUUCAGCCAGGGCCCCCUCGCCCAGUGUUUUAUCCAGAGAAACAAGAGAUAACUCUUCCUUCUGAUGGACUAUGGGUCCUCCGAUUUCCUUAUGCCUACGUGACAGAACGUGGGCCCUCUUUCCCUCCAAAAGAAAACCAGCAGUUGAUGAGUCACAAGGUGCUCCGAGGAAUACUGAAAGCAGUGAUACAAUAAGACUUACUGGACUGCACAAGAUUAUUGGCUUUGGAAUUCAUUUUUCCUCCUGCCCUCCAGUCUAAAUGAUGGAUUUUGAUUACCCACAGCUGGAAUUAUACAGCAAUCACUGUUUUGAUUUUGUUAAGCCAAUGCACUUAAAGACCCUGGGGCUGAAACUAUAUGUACAGGCCAAGUCUUAUUGAAGACACUGGAAGGGGGGACAUAUUAAUGCUGGAGCCAAAUUAAGUUUUGGCUUGCAGAGGUCUGUGGAUUGAGAUGAUAAAGGAGAAAAAUAAAACAUAAAACGCUUCUCUAUUGUUAAA